AUGGAACUUCAUUUGAGUCUAGCUCUCUCAAAUUCUCAUGCUCACAACGUUGCUAGCAAGACUCACUUCCCUAAUAACAAACCUAGUUUUCCUCAACUCUUGGAACAUGCAGAAGAAACGUCUAGUAACACCAACGGAUCAGAUGUUAUGUUUCCCACUCUUUCUCUCCUCCCGUUAACUCCUGGCCACUCAGAUCAUCAUGAUCAUGAACUCUCCUGUCAGAGUUCAACUUCCACCAUCACCAAGAGAGGUGAGGAUGAUGAAGAAGCUCACGUGGGUUGGCCUCCGGUUUAUCAUAGAAGGAAGAAACUUCGUUAUAACGAGGAUCACAUGAUGUCAAGAAAUUACGUGAAAGUGAAGAUGGAGGGUGUAGGAAUAGCUCGAAAAGUUAAUCUUAGCACGCACCAUUCAUUUCACACUCUCAACCAAACAUUGUUGGACAUGUUUGGAAAAAGUGAUAAUGAUCAACAGUAUGAACUGGUUUAUCAAGACAAAGAAGGUGACUGGCUUCUUGCUCAAGAUGUUUCAUGGAGAAGUUUCAUUGAUUGUGCCCAACGCCUCAAAUUGCUCAAGAGCAGAGGAUAA